CAUGGAUUGUUUUGAAACACAAAUUCAAAUUCCCAAUGACAGGAAUGAUCAGGCUGCUACCUACUCUACCUAUAAAAGGUAUGCUGGCCGAAAAUCGGACCAGUUCAUUGUAAGGCACAGUGGCUACAUAGAUAAUUUAAAAGCAGGUGAUGAGGUUCUUGCUGAUAAGGGUUUUGUGGUAGCGGAAGAAAUUGGAUUAAGAGGAGCCAAACUAAUCACUCCUGCUUUUAAGAGAGCUGCACAACUAACUCAAUUAGAAACUGAAAUAUCUCGCCAAGUUUCAAAUGUGCGAAUACACAUAGAACGAGAAAUAGGAUGUAUGCGCAUGAAGUUCGACAUUAUGCGUGGCCCAGUUAUAAUGUCCAAUUUGAAUACUUUUCAGGAUAAUUUGUGUUUCUAUGACAAAAUUGUUGCUGUCUGUUGUAUUCUUUCAAAUUUGAAUCCUAGUAUUAUUCCAUUUGAGUGAUUUAUAUUUGUUCUGGAUUACAACUUUGGAUUUGAUUACAAACGAUACAUUUUGAAAUUAA